AUGAGAUUCUCCAUCUGGACCAUUGUCACCCUCCUGGGACUCACCCUCGCAUCCCCGGUCCCAGCCCCCCAUCUCAAUCUCAACCCCCGCGCCUCAAUCGAAAAAAGACAAACUCCCCUAAAUGCCUUUCUCUCCCUCCUCCUUGAGUAUCUCCCAGCCGUCGAUGGCACCUUGGAUUCCGUCCUCUCUAUCCUGACCAACUUCGAGCUAUUCCUCGCCACGCUCACUGGCGAACAAACCACGUACAAUGAGCUCGGUGGCACUUGCACAGAAUACACCGUCAUCUUCGCCCGGGGCACCACCGAGCCAGGAAACGUAGGAGUUCUGGUCGGCCCACCCUUUUUCGAUGCCCUGACGACGACUUUAGGAGCGUCGGCGUUGACCAUUCAAGGCGUUAAUGAUUAUGAUGCUGAUAUUGCUGGCUAUGAGGCCGGUGGUGAUGCUGGUGGAAGUGCUGAGAUGGCAAAACAAAUCUCCGCCGCUAUGGCAGCGUGCCCGGAUACCAAAUUGGUAGCAUCGGGCUACUCGCAAGGCGGCCAGAUUGUUCAUAAUGCAGCUGCGCAACUUCCUGCUGCUACGGCGUCUUGGAUUAGCAAGGUGGUGGUCUUUGGAGAUCCAGAUAACGGUACUGCUAUUGCGAAUGUUGAUCCUUCGAAGGUGAAGACUUUCUGCAAUGUCGGCGAUAAUAUCUGCGUUAAUGGUGACCUGAUUCUUGUUCCUCAUCUAAUAUAUGGUGAGAAUGCUGAAGAGGCGGCGACUUUUGUUGCUUCGUAA